CUUUCUCCGGAAUGUACUAUCUUGCUUGCGAGUGGGGACCACCGAAAGGACUCCACAGGCGACGAGUGAGGUCUCUCGUCGUCCACCCCCUUCUUCUUUUCCAUCAGAAAGUGAUCAAAACUCUGGCCCCUCGGUUUCCAAUGAGAAUUUGACUCUAAAAUCUAAAUUUCUGCCGGAGACGAGCAAGAAUGUAUCCUCCUCUCUGCGAUUCAGCCGACUGCCGCGGCAGCGACGCCGGUAGAGUUAGGGUUUCGAGCUCCCUCCCAUCGCCUCCUCCAUUGCCGCCAUCAUCGUGUGCUUCGUCCACUUCGAGAUCAAAAAUCCUGGCAACGGACGUGUUUAAUUUUCUGUGGAUUCAUCUUCUGAUUAACCUGUCGAAGAGCGCUGCUCGGGCGAGGGCUCAAUCUCUUCUUCUGCCUGGAGAGCCCAAUCUUGAACAGCAGCGGCUCUCGCGGUGCCCGUUCCCGGAUCCGGCACUGAAUUACAGGCCGGUUAUCGGGAUUCUCUCGCACCCAGGGGAUGGAGCCAGCGGGAGGCUGAACAACGCCUCGAAUGCGUCCUACAUCGCGGCGUCGUACGUGAAGUUCGUGGAGUCUGCGGGGGCUCGCGUGAUCCCGCUUAUCUACAACGAGCCGGAGGAGGUUCUGCUUGAGAAACUAAACCUCGUGAAUGGAGUUCUCUUUACUGGUGGGUGGGCUAAAACUGGCUUAUACUAUGAUAUGGUGGAGAGAAUAUUCAAGGAACUCCUACUUAAAAAUGAUGCUGGAGACCACUUUCCAUUAUUUGCUAUUUGCUUGGGCUUUGAGCUUGUAACUAUGAUUGUUAGUCAGGACAGGAAGAUUCUUGAAAGUUUUAGUGCACUUGAUCAGUCAUCUGCUCUACAAUUUGUAGAAAAUGUUAAUAUUGAGAGAACUGUGUUCAGGAGGUUUUCACCUGAGUUGCUUCAGAAAUUAACAACAGAAUGCCUUGUUAUGCAAAACCAUCAGUAUGGUAUAUCCCCAGAAAGAUUUCAACAGUGUUCAGCUUUGUCAAGUUUCUUUGAGAUUCUGACCACAAGCAAAGAUAAAAAUGAUAAGGUGUAUGUAUCAACAAUCCAAGCAUACGACUAUCCUAUAACGGGCUUCCAGUGGCACCCAGAGAAAAAUGCAUUUGAGUGGGGGCUUUCAACGAUUCCGCACACUGAAGAUGCUGUGCAAGUGACUCAAAAUGUUGCCAACUUUUUUGUCAGUGAAGCACGAAAAUCCCUGAAUAGACCACCUAUUAGCACAGUUCUUGGCAAUCUCAUUUACAAUUACAGCCCCACUUACUGUGGGAAGGCAGGGAGGGGAUUUGAUGAGGUUUACAUCUUUGCGUGAAUGAUCCUUGGAGAUUCAAUGGAUUCACCAAAUUCACAGAGAAUGCUUGUUUAGACAAGGAAGCUUGGGGUUUCCAUAUAUUGUAUUAUGUAAAUAAGGGGCUGACUGUUGUAGCUGGUGAAGCUGUACAACUUCAAGCUUUCCUCUAAUCUUAAUUUUCUUGUACAUAGAUAUAGAUCUUCAAUACGUAAUCAAGAGACUUGAUCUUGGAUAUUA